UUUCUGCCUCCUUUUUGGUCAUGGUGGAAAGCCACGUUUUCUCUCUCCAAAUCAUGAAUUUAGCAGUUAAUAUCUUUCUCCCACUGUGUCUUAGAUUUUGUGUUUGGAUGUAGAGAGAGAAAAGGUGAAGGAAAAGAGAAAGAUAAAAAUGGAUGAUUCUCUCUCUAGCUUACUUUGUCAGGAAAGUGAGACUUGUUUGUACGAAGAGGAGGUUGACGAGUCGAAGCUCAUUGAAUUUAAGAAUUAUGAUGGCUCGGAAGAUGAGUACAUGGAGAUGUUAUUUGAAAGAGAAAUCUGUUAUGGGUUCAAAAGAAAUAAAUCUUUGGCGACUGGAAACUGGCUCAAAUGUGCUCGCUUGGAGGCCAUCACAUGGAUUCUCAAUACAAGAGCAGCAUUUGGAUUUCGCUUCAAAACAAUUUAUUUGUCCUUAACAUACUUCGAUCGAUUCCUUUCAAGGCGGUCCAUCGAAAGUGAGAAAUUGUGGGCUAUUAGAUUACUCUCAGUGGCAUGUCUUUCUUUGGCUGCAAAGAUGGAGGAGGUGAAAGUUCCACUGUUGUCAGAGUUUCCAUUACAAGAUUAUAAUUUUGGGAGCAAGGUGAUUCAGAGAAUGGAGCUUCUGGUAUUGAGCACAUUGGAAUGGCGGAUGAGCUCCAUCUCUCCUUUUGAUUUCCUUCAUUUCUUCAUCAAAAAGUUGUGCAAGGAAUCUCCACCGAGUAAUAUAGUUUCUAGGACUGUGGAAAUCAUCUUGGCUAUAAUGAGAGAGGUCAAUUUGGAAGAUAAUCGGCCGUCUGUUAUAGCUGCUGCAGCAGCCUUGUUGGCUUUGGAUGAUAGAUUAACAAGAAGAUCAUUGGAGUUGAAGAUGAAUUCCAUUUCUCACUAUAGAUUUCUUGAGAUUGAUGAUUUGUUUUCAUGCUAUACUAUAAUGCGAAGAUUAGAUAUGGAGAAACUUAAGAUAACAAAGGUUGUAAAUUCACCGGAUCUUUCACCGUCGCAAUCGAGGCCGAUUGAUGUUUUAGAAAUUUCUUCUGUUAGUUCUGCUCUCAGCAAUAAAAGGAGAAGGCUUACAUUCAGUACAUGUGAUCGAAGUUGUGGCUUGCCGGGUGAUAAACUGUGCUAGAGAAAUUUGACUAAAAGGGUUUUGACAAGAUCUAACAUGGCUUUCGCAAUGAAAAUUAUUGGUGUAGUGAGACUUCUUUAAUCAGUUCUUAUUGACAUGAUUUGGGAUUACUUGAAUCUGCCUUUGGAGCGGCCAGAGAAAGGACAAACAGUGCUGGAAAAGAAAAAUAUAAAGCUAAGGUUUGGGAUAGAGGGAUAAAAGCUGAUUGUUAGGAGACCAAUGCCACAAUGUGGA